CUACUACUACUACUACUACUACUACGAGUCAGACUGUCAGAGACUGAGUACCUUAGUCAAAACCUCGAUGCCUAUCUACUACUUGCAGAGACAAAUUGUCCUUUCGUAAUAAAUUGAAACAGAUCAGUCUGCCAACAUAAGUAAUGGAUGAAGAUAAUUUUCAAGUGGAAUGUAGUGAUGAUGAAGUUGACAAGGCCUUUUCAGUAACAUCAAAUGGGUUAGAACCAUGUCCCUCAGAAAUCAUAAGAUUGUAUGAAGCUGUGGCCAAGGAUGGUAGCAUUCCAAUCACCUGGAAGUGGGAGCUUGGAAGACGACCACCAACACCCUCACAGAAUGACUCGGAAAGUGAAAAGGAAGAGGAGGAAGCAAAAAUAGACACAUCUGGUUUUGAUUUUGAUGAAGAACUUUCAAAUGUAAGAAUAACUCCACGAAGAACACCAGGUACAUCUGGACUGAAAGGUAGUGCAAAGAAAAAGACCACUAAUUUUGAAAACAUUCUUGCAAGUGUAAGACGACGACAAAAAUUGGAAAAUGAGUGAGAGAGUGGGUAGCAGGAAGGA